AUGUCUAAACGUUAUAAACGAGAUAAAACUACUGACAGUGUUAACCAUCAAGGCAGUUCAUGUACAACACACUAUAGAAAUAAUCAUCUACAACCUGAUUGGAGUCAAUGUUGUCAGCAUUGUGACGACAAUAAUAAUAAUGUCAUCCGGCGAUUACAUUCUCCUCAUCGUGCACCGGCACCGCCACCAACACCUCCUCCGACCUGUUUACAUUUACCCGCAUCAUAUAUAUCAUCUCAUGUGAAUUGUCACCCCCAUAAUAAUGAUACUACUAAUACUACUAAUAACAAUAAUAGUAGUAAUAGUAGUGCAGCUAAACAUGGAUCACAAAGUAUUGUAGAAAAGGCAAUUUUUCGUAUGAUCAAGUGUUUUGAUCAUAAAUCAUCAGAUCGUAAACUUCAUCAGUCGACAACUAUUGCUACAAGUGAAGAUUGUUUACAACAGAGUGAUUCUUCGUGUGAAGAACGACCGCUUAUCUCUAAUCGUGAAUACACUAAUAAUAAUAAUAAUAGUAAUAAUAAUAAUGUUUAUCCUAAAGGCGCUUCAGUAGUAGGCGAUGGUAGUACAGCGUCAACAUCAUCUACAUGCAUUAAUCCAACUGAAGUGGAAGAUUGGAUGCGUCGACGACUCUACUAUCAUUUUAUGACACCGAUUGGUAAAUUUCAUGCGAAAAGACGUAUUCCGUUUAAAUUAUUUAUCCAGAUACUUAAGGUGUUGUUAGUCACAAUUCAGUUAAUUCAUUUUGGAUUUAAUCGUGCCGCGCAUGUAUCAUUUGGUGAAUUAUCGCAUACAGCUUUCUGUCAUUUAUAUUUACACCGGUGGGAUUCCCAGUAUGAAACGCUGGAUUAUCCUCCAGCGACUGGUGUUUAUGCUGUAUAUACAAUUGAUGCAUUUUAUGAACACGUUGGUUAUGCAAUCACCCAGUUUAAUAAGACGAAAGAAUUAGCUCUCGGUGGAUAUUUAUUCGAUUCAACAAAUCCAACAAUGAAAUUAUGCAUGAAAUAUGUAUCUCCUCCAAUGGAGAAUAAAAGUACUCUAUUUAGAGUAGCAUUACAAGAAGUGGAAAAAUGUGUAUCGAUUGAACCACAGAAGAUUGAUGCUAAACAAUUACAAGAUGUUGAUGCAAUAAAGAAUUUUCUGGAAAUCCAUGGAUUGAAUAUUGAUUUUGACCAGUGA